CCAAAAACCAAAAACCAAACCAAAACCCAGCGAAUAUAUAAAAAUACGCGGCUGGCAAAAAUAAUAACAAAAUCAAACAUCGUCGCCGGCGUCGUUUUUGUGUUAAUUAAAUUUACUUUUGUGAAUGAAAUGCGAAAGAAAGCAAAGCGAAAAAUCACCUUUAAUAAAUGCUAAAUUAAAACCAGCAGUCGCGAUCGCGAGUAAGCAUCUGAAGAGCCCCCCUCUCCAAAUCGCCUUUGGAUUACACCCAAAAGAAACGAAUUCAUCAUUUUGGAUACUUCUCAAAAUUAAGGAUUACACAACACUUUCAACUCACAUCUACGGUGAUUAAUUACGGAAUUUGUACCACGGAUUGCUUUUGAAAAUCAAUAAAGCAAUCGCAGCUGUCUGAAUCUGCAAAAGGAUGAAGGCAAAUCGAGCUGAGUCCGGGCGCAGCAACUACGAUCGACGGCAUUGAGGAUCUCGGAUCUCGAGGUGGAGGAGCGAUCUCGAUCUCGAGGUGGAGCGAGGAGCGGAGGAGGAGUGGAGGAGUGCAGCUGGGGGAGGAGUCCUGGUUACAACACUACAUGGAUCGCAGAAAUGGCGGCGAUCCCUUGGCGCCACCCCGGCCCCCGAAGUUAUUACCGCGCGUGCAUCGACCAAGGGCGCCGGAGCCGACGUUGAGUGGUGUCGAUCAUACCACAGGAGGAACUGCAUCCGCACUAGCAUCAGGAGCACCAGGAGCAUCAUCUGCAGCACCCGUAGCAAUCCAUAACAACAAUUCACAGCAGCAACUUAGUAUUAGCGCCGCCGCGAGCAACAACAAUACGAUAUCGAUCAUACCCGCAUCACCGGACUUCGACGACUACCAGAUCCACCAUCUGACCUUCCUGCCCCAGCGUCCCAGCAGUCUGAGCCGGAACAGCAGUACGGCGUCAUCGACUACGGCGACGGGCAUUAGUGUCUCCGGUUCGGGAUCUGUGUCGGGUUCGUCGUCCAGCUUUACGAGACGUCGACCGCCGGCGCUGGUCAACAGCAUCAGCAUCAGCAACAACAACAACAACAGCAUCAACAACAACUUCCUUAGUCAUUUCCAAAGCGCUGAGCCGGCGAGCAACGCUCUGGGCCAGCCGCCCGCCUCCCCCGUCACGCUGGCGCAACCGCGACCCGAAUCCGAAAGGCUAACCAACGAGUAUGUGGACACGCCGCUGCAACAUGCGACGCGCUCGCAGCAUCCGGCUGGCCAGCAGGAUAAUGGCCAGACGACCACCCACCACCUGUUGCUGCUGCCCCAGCGGAAUCAGCACCUGCACCUGCAACAACACCAGCAGCAACAGCAACACCUGCAGCAGCAACAACAGCAGCAGCAGCAUCUGCAGCAGCAGCAACACCAGCAACAUGCGCGACUGGCGACGACGACGCAGGCGACGUCCGUUGGAAGCGACCACACCGAUGGCUUACUACAUUCGCACCUGCAAAAUAGCACCACUAAACCACCCGCCUCGAAGCAGCCGGCACCGCCCAGACUGGGAAUGGGCCUGGGAUUGGGAUUGGGUCUCGGUCUGAACCAGCCCAUCAUCACCAAGCAGCCGACACCCGCUACGCAAAAGGAGCACAUGCACGCGCUGGAGGAGCUGCUGCAACCGGGCGGAGCCGGCGGCAACGGAAGACCCCUGGUGAUGGCCGGCGAUCCCAGCCUGCUGAAUCCCAUCGUCUGUCCGCGAUGCGGCCGCUGUCGCUGCGAGCAGUGCCAGAGCCCCAGGCCGCUGCCCCAGACGUGGGUGUGCAACAAGACGUGUCUGUGCAGCGCCGAGUCGGUCAUCGACUAUGCUUCCUGCCUGUGCUGCGCCAAGGCGCUGUUCUAUCACUGUGCCCGGGACAACGACCUGGACUGCGAUGAUGGCAACGGCACACCCUGCGUGGAUAAUCCCUGCUCCUGCGGUCCCUACAAGCGCACCCAGAGAUGGGGCUGGCUGGGAGCACUGUCGAUCUUCCUGCCCUGCCUGUGGUUCUACUGGCCCAUGCGGGGCUGCAUGAAGCUGUGCGAGAAGUGCUACGGCAGGUUCGCCGGUCGGGGAUGCCGCUGUCAGGGCAUCGGCGGAGGAGGAGCAGGAUCCGGAGGCGGAGUGGGUAGCAUUGGAUCCACCAGCAGCAUGCUGCCCAUAGUGCCGCUUGGGGUGAAUGGCAGCGGGCUGGGCGGUGGCGUGAGCCUCUCCGGCGGCGUGACGGAUGGUGGACUCAACCAAGCCAAUGGCAAGGCCAUGGAUCAUGGAUGCAGUGCCUCCAGGAGCAUACUGCGAAAGGGUGACCUCACCCCGGAAAAGCGGCUCCUGGACUCCAGUCCCGACUACUAAGGGUCCUUUCCAUGUGCCCGGUUUUUUACCCGAGCAAAAAGCCUGCGGCACAAAUGGGAAGCUGGAUCAUGGACACAUACCCCCAUAUAUAUACGGAAAAUAUUUAAUAUAUGAUUUAAAAGGAUAUAUAAAAAAAGAGGAAAGAAAGAAAGAAAGAAAAAAUUAAAUAACCAAAGACUGCAAACAGAUAAUUAUUAAUUAUUAGAAAUGUUAUUUAAAAAAUAAUUUUUUGCUUAAAACAAAUCGAGUGGCGACGAGUGGAAAACAAAACUGACGAAACGAAAGCGAUUAGGAAUUAUUUUUCGAACGAUUUUUUUGUAUUAUUUGAUUUUGUUUUACUUGCUUAACUAACUCUUCAGUUCAACGUUCAAUUUCUAAGUCAAAUUCUUACUUUAUAAACAUAACUAGUUGUAUGCAAAUAAUUCCAAUGAAUUUUCCACGAAUGUAAAAUAAACGGGCGAAAGUUUUUAUUAUUUUCAUAUACAAAACUGAAAAACUGAACAAUUUGGGGCAAGCGUAACAAAACACCAUAUUAUAUAUACCUAUAUACACACACGUGAGAACUUUUAGAGAAAUAUUCAAUGGCGUAAAUUAGUCAAAUAUUAUAUAUACCAAGUCCAGUCCAUUUUUGAUGUUGUAGAAAGAACAGAAACGAAACAGAACAAAAACCGAAAACUGAAAAUUACACAAAAAUAUUUUAGAACUUUACGAAUUUAAAUCUUAAAAUUGAUAUGUGUGUAUGUGUGUGUAUGUUGCGGGCGACGAACUUUUCGAUAAAUUUAGAGCAACCUAUAGACCAGUCUAAAUGUGCUUAGAAAACGAUAUAGAUGUACUGCAAACCAAAAGUCAGUUAGUUUACUUUACCAACUACGAAGCCGGAACAAAUCUGAGGAGCGAAAAUAUGGGAUAACGAUAUCGGUUGCUUAUGAACUUAUUUUAUAGUUGAAGAUAGGUCGGUGGGUUCGUAGUGUUUCCAGCCAGCAGCCCCAAAAAUGUGAGCAAGAUUGUAUAUAUGAUGAAAUUUUUAAGCGAAAUGCGAGAUACAAAAUGCAAGCAAAUUCCAAAUAAUAGAAAAACAAAAAACAACAAAGCAAAACUUAAGUGUAACGAUAAACCCACAUCUAAAUGCAGCAAAAUACAAACAAACAAACAAACAUUUUUUGUAUAGAA